AUGAACGAGAGGUUUGUCUCCAAGGAAAGCCUUACCACCAAUGAAGAACUAGUAAGCUUUCAUCUAAGCUCCAAGGUAGUGAGUGGGGCAAUUGGAUACAGGAGUGGUAGUUCCUUGUUCACACCUGUCAACUUCACUUUUCAGCACAUCAGGAUGAGGAGUGGGAAAGAAAAGCCUCUUUGUGUUUACUGGAACCAGACGGUCUGGUCCAACCAAGGUUGUAAAACCACCUGGUAUAAUGAUAGUCAAACCAUAUGCAGCUGCACUCACCUUUCUAGUUUUGCUGUACUCAUGGCAUCCGUGGAACUGGAAGAAGAUUUCGUGCUGACGGUGAUCACUUACGUGGGGCUGAGCCUCUCUCUGCUGUGUCUCUUUCUGGCCAUCCUCACCUUCCUCCUGUGCCGAGGCAUCAAAGGCACCAGCACCUUCCUCCACCUGCAGCUCUCACUCUGCCUCUUCUUGGCCAACCUCCUCUUCCUCACCGGAAUCAAACAAACUCAGCUUAAGAUCCUGUGUUCCAUCAUUGCUGGAGGGUUGCAUUACCUAUACCUGGCUGCCUUCACCUGGAUGUUCCUGGAAGGGUUGCACCUUUUCCUCACUGUCAGGAACCUCAAAGUUGCCAAUUACACCAGCGCACGCCAGUUCAAGAAGAGAUUCACAUACCCUUUUGGCUACGGGAUCCCAGCUGUGAUCGUGGCUGUGUCAGCAGGGAGUAACUACCAGCACUAUGGGACAGAGCACUACUGCUGGUUGAAUGUAGAAAAAGGAUUUAUCUGGAGUUUCAUAGGACCCGUGUUUAUCAUCACUUUGAUCAACCUGUCCUUUUAUCUGACAACCCUAUGGAUUUUGAGAGACAGACUUUCAUCACUCAACAAAGAAGUGUCCACCAUCCAAAACACAAGGACCCUGACAAUUAAAGCCCUAGCUCAGCUCUUCAUCUUGGGUUGCUCCUGGAGUCUUGGUUUCUUCAUGAUUGAUUCUAUAGCUGAACCAGCCCGAUCAGUCAUUGCCUACACCUUCACCAUCAUCAACUCCCUGCAGGGGCUCUACAUCUUCCUGGUCCACUGUGUCCUUAGCCACCAGGUCCGAGAAGAAUAUAAGAAACGCUUUAAGAGAAUUAAAGUAACAACUGAAACAGAUACCUAUGUGCUGACCACUUUGUCUAGCCACACCAGAAUGACUCCAGCUCCUGGGGGAUCAGAAGAAAGAGAAGGGGCUCUCAUCAAUGGUACAUUCAGGAAGAAGAGCCUCCUGCUGUGCACUGAGAGUACUGAGAACUCGUUUUAG